CGAGCGGUGCCGGCGGGCGCUGCCCAGCCCCGCGGCGCUGCUCCCUCCGAUGCUAUGCCAAAGCCAGAGGUGUCCGCAUCCUACCAGGAGAAAUUCCAACAAUUGCAAGUUGAGAGCAUGUUUGGAAAUUGAACCACUGUUUUAACUACACAGCUGAGUGAAGAUGUGGAGCGAGUAUCUGAAAAUCCGACAGAAGAGAGAGAAGGAGAUAUGGAAGUUCAUGAAGAUUCCAGCUCUGUUAUUUUACCAGAUGGUGAACUGGGUACCACUACCCCUUCUUUGCGUUUCAGCAAGACCUGCCUAAAGAAUGUUUUUUCAGUAAUACUCCUGUUUAUUUAUCUGCUGCUCAUGGCUGUAGCUGUGUUCCUUGUCUACCAAACCAUCAGUGACUUCAGGGAGAAGCUCAAGCACCCAGUAAUGUCUGUCACUUACAAGGAAGUGUCCUUGUAUGAUGCACCUGGUAUUGCCUUUUACCCAGGCAAGGCUCGGCUGCUUAGCUGCAAACAUCAUUACUACGAUCACAUUCCACCUCUGAUAAAUCCAGGUCAGCCAGGAGACAUUGAAUGCACCACUCAGAGGAUCAACUACACAGAUCCUUUUACUAAUCAAACUAUGAAGUAUGCUUUGGUUGUUCAAGGCCCUCGUGAUGUGAAGAAAAGGGAACUGGUGUUUUUGCAGUUCCAUUUAAAUGAAACAGACCAAGAUUUUAGUGCCAUUGACUACCUGCUGUUUUCUUCCUUCCAAGAGUUCGUCAGCAGUCCAGAAAAAGCAAAAUUCAUGAAGGACUGUGAAAGCUCAUACUCCAGCUGGAAGUUUUCUGGAGGCUUCCGAACUUGGGUCAAGAUGUCCUUGGUCAAAACAAAAGAAGAAGAUGGUAGUGAGACUGUUGAAUUCAAACAAGAGACCAGUGUGGUUAACUACAUUGACCAGAGAACUAAUCCAAGGAGUGACCAGCUGUUCUUUGUGGUGUUUGAAUGGAAAGAUCCUUUCAUACAGACUGUUCAGGACAUUAUCACAGCUAAUCCCUGGAACAUGAUUGCUCUUCUUUGUGGUAUCUUUCUGGCCCUGUUUAAGGCAGCAGACUUUGCUAAGUUGAGUGUUAAGUGGAUGAUCAAAAUCCGAAGAAGGCAUCUGAAGAGGACUCGCCAAGUAACGAACCACAUAAGCUGAGACUGAGACUGCCUUUUAACUGUUCAUAGCAGGAGGGAUAGAAAAUAACUUGAAUAAACUGCAAUCAGCAAUUAAAGCUGAAAACCAGGUAUGUUUUCUUCCAGAGAGAUGCUGGCUGGAGGAACAGCCUAGUGAACCGGCCUUGGAACUGCAGAAGGAGCUAACUCUAGGACAGGUCUAACAAACUCACGCUUUUCUAGUCCAAGUUUAACAAGUUUACCUCAGUGUAUGGGGGAACCAAGGGGAAAGGAGGGAACUCACUAAUGUUCAGAAAGUCAUCACUGUAGGAAAUUGUGAAAAAAAUGGACAGAGUUUGAAUGUUUCUCAAGCAGACCCUUUAGUUUCUGCAUCAGCUGUGAGCUGUUCCCGUAGCACAGUCACUGCCUUGAUGGUGCUUAGUGGAAGGUAAAGUGCUCUGAAAACAUCCUGGCCUCUCUUCUCUGAAGUAUGUUUUAAAACAAAAUACACUGGAAUUCUGUUACAUGUCAUCUUUAAAUCAAAGUACAAUGACUUUAAUAUUAAAAAAUACUUCAAGUAA